AUGGACCAGAAGGGGAUCCAGUUACUCUCAGUCAUUCUCAUUUUAGGGCUCAGUGCACUGACUGAAGGAGCAGAAGCCCCAGCUCCAUGCCGAUGUAAUGUGGAUCCAAAAACCAGAGUCAACUGCGGGCCUCCAGGAAUCACUGCUGAGCAAUGCGAGAAUGCAGGAUGCUGCUUCAGUUCAGAAGUUCCUGGCGUCCCCUGGUGCUUCGCUCCUCUCGCAAGAAAAUAUAAAAAGGUCUGCCCAGCAGAGGUAAAACUCAGACAGAACUGUGGUUACCCCGGCAUCUCAGCUGAAGUAUGUGAGGCAAGAGGAUGUUGUUUUGAGUCAAGACCCCCUGCUGUCCCCUGGUGCUUUUUUCCUCAUCUGGUGGAAGAAGCUUGUUAAAGAGACCGUGCACCAGGAACUUUCACCAGGAACCUCUCUGUCAGUGGAUCUACUCACGCAGGAAAAUAAUAGAAAGCCCUCACCUCUUACACUUUGCACUCUGAAAUCAUUCUGAUUUCCAGAUCAUUUUUGCCUUGCAUUUACUCCUUUUCCAAUGACCCAAUUAAUCACAGCUUUUAUUCUUUCCAGUCAGUUGGUACCGGGCAGCUGUCCAAAGCAAUAAA